UUUUUUAUCCAUCCCCACUGAUAUAUGGGUGUGAAAGCCACAAUUUAUAUAUUCUCAUGCAAAUAAUUAGAACUCCGAACUCAUAGUCCAGUAUCCAAGACCACACUGCAUUCAUUCACCACGUACCCCAACAUCCAACUGCGCCUGUAGGCUGACCAAAUACUGGGGCAACUUUUUUCAAAAUUUAGCUCACCCACCAGUACUUAGAUGUGUCAUCAUUUCUUAAAUUUCUUCGAUGCAUGAAAGUCUUCCUCUCCCUCCCGGUUCCACAAAUAGCACAGCCACCUUUUUUUUUUUUUUUUUUUUCCCUUGUUCUAGCGUAAUCAGCUUUUCAACAAAUAAGCUUCCAAAGGCAAUGGCCUCUACUUAUUUUUCUACUUAUUUGGUGGCACUGUUCUUCUUGGUUGUAGCUGGGUUUGAUACCUGCUCGGCUAGCCGGAUUGGUUUGGGUUCGAGGCUGUUGGCUAGAGAGAACCAAACGUUCGUCUCAGAUAAUGGCACAUUUGCUUUAGGGUUCACUCCAACGUCGGACGAUGACUACAGACUUCAACUGGCAAUUUGGUUUGCGGAGCUUCCCGGAGAUCGAACCAUAGUAUGGUCUGCUAACAGGAACUCAGCCGUCUCCAACAAUGCAAUCCUAGAGCUUGAUACAACUGGAAACCUUGUCCUCACGGAUGGAGAUGCUACCACGUGGACCUCAAACACCUCCGGCGCUGGUGUUGAAGGCGCAACAUUGCAAGAAUCUGGAAACUUUGUUAUCUACAAUGAUGUCAAGGACCCUGUGUGGCAGAGUUUCUCACACCCAUCUGACACUCUCCUCCCAAACCAACCUCUUUCAGUCUCUUUAGAGCUAACAACUUCGAAGUCCCCCUCACAUGGUGGUUACUAUGCACUCAAAAUGCUUCAACAACGCGCUUCCUUAAGCCUUGCCUUGACUUACAACGUGCCUGAAACUUUAUACAAUUCCUCCCCUGAAUCAUACUAUAACUAUUCUUAUUGGAACGGACCAGACAUAUCAAAUGUAAGGGAUGUUGCAGCGGUUUUAGAUGAAGCAGGCAGCUUUGGAAUUGUGUAUGGGGAGUCAUCAGAUGGAGCUGUUUAUGUGUACAAGAAUGAUGGUGAUAAUGGGGGACUAUCAGCAGCAUCAAACAUAUCAACCAGAUCAUCGGUUCUUCGAAGACUGUUUCUCGAGAGUAAUGGGAAUUUGCGCUUGUAUCGUUGGGAUAAUGAUGUUAACGGGUCAAGGCAAUGGGUGCCAGAGUGGGCUGCAGUUUCAACACCAUGUGACAUUGCUGGAAUUUGUGGCAAUGGGAUAUGUAAUUUGGAUAUGAGUAUGACUAAUGCUUCUUGCACAUGUCUGCCGGGGACUUAUAAGGUAUCUGGGGGAAGUCAGUGUUUAGAAAAUUCAUCACUUAUCCGAAAAUGUGAACGGCAGGGUAAUUAUGGGCCAUCCCAGUUUAGAACUUCAACGAUGCAGCAAACCAAUUACUAUUUUCCAGAAUUUUCAGUCAUAGCAAACUACAGCGAUGUUGAGAAUGUAACAAAAUGUGGAGAUAUUUGUCUAGCUGAUUGUGAAUGUGUUGCUUCUGUUUACAGCCUUGAUGACGAAAGUCCAUACUGUUGGGUCUUGAGAAGCUUGGGUUUUGGUGGCUAUGAGGAUCCUGGUUCCACUCUGUUUGUGAAGAUUAGGUCUAAUGGCUCAGAGGGCGAUGUACAAGGAUCCGGGGAGUCUUCAAAGGGGUCUGGUAACCGGCGAACAAAAGUUUUGGUUAUUCCUAUUGUUCUCAGCAUGACCUUCCUUGUUGCCCUCCUAUGUCUUUUGCUAUAUUACAAUGUGCAUAGGAGGAGAUCCUUGAAGAGAGCACUGGAAAGCUUAGUAAUCCUGUCUGGUGCUCCGCUGAAUCUUAGUUACCGCGAAUUACAAAUUCGUACGUGGAAUUUCUCACAGCUUCUUGGAACUGGGGGAUUUGGGAGUGUUUACAAGGGAAGCCUUGCAGAUGGAACUUUGGUUGCCGUAAAAAAACUUGAAAGGGUUCUGCCACACGGGGAGAAGGAGUUUAUAACCGAAGUGAACACCAUUGGAUCCAUGCAUCACAUGAACUUGGUUCGUCUAUGCGGGUACUGCUCCGAGAGCUCACAACGGCUUUUAGUUUAUGAGUUCAUGAAAAAUGGGUCACUGGACAAAUGGAUAUUUGGCUCAAAUUAUCCCCGAGACAAGGUGCUAGAUUGGCAAUCACGCUUUGAUAUAGCCGUGGGUACUGCACAAGGAAUUGCAUAUUUUCAUGAGCAAUGCCGAGAUCGAAUUAUACAUUGUGACAUCAAACCAGAAAACAUUCUGCUAGAUGAAAAUUUCUGUCCAAAAGUUUCCGAUUUUGGACUAGCUAAGAUGAUGGGAAGAGAGCACUCACAGGUUGUUACCAUGGUCAGAGGAACAAGAGGCUAUUUGGCUCCGGAGUGGGUGAGUAACCGUCCUAUAACCGUCAAGGCUGACGUUUAUAGUUACGGUAUGCUUCUUCUAGAGAUCGUUGGCGGUCGAAGAAACCUGGACAUGUCAUUUGAUGCAGAUGACUUUUUCUAUCCUGGAUGUGCUUUUAAGGAGAUGACAAGUGGAAAUCCCAUGAAAGUUGCAGAUAGGAGACUCGAAGGAGCGGUGGAAGAAGAAGAACUCAUGAGAGCCUUGAAAGUUGCCUUUUGGUGCAUCCAAGAUGAGAUAUUCAUGAGACCAACAAUGGGGGAAGUGGUGAGAAUGUUGGAAGGAUCAGUUGGCAUCAACAUGCCACCAAUGCCCCAAACGGUUUUGGAGUUAAUUGAGGAAGGCCUAGAUCAUGUGUACAAGGCAACGAAGAGAGAAUUCAAUCACUUCAGCUCCUUCACCAUCAAUACCCAUCCUUCUUCAUCUCAAGCUACAUGUAGUAACUCCACAAUGUCCCCUAGAUAGUCAACUAGAAAUCGUGUUAUAACUGACCAUAUUUAGUUAGUCUUGUACGCAAGCUCAGUUAUAGUUCAUCAAAGUUGACAUUCAGUUACUGCAUUAAUUCAUUCUUUUACUCAAGCUCA